UGCGCUUGGCAAGACUGAUCAUGACCGGCCGCUGGCAGGACCUAACCGGCACAACAUGGCGGCCGUGCACCUUGAGGACAUUCUUGCCACUAGCAUCGUCACGGUGAUAGCAGCCUUCCAGCUGACCCGUUUUGCACUUGGUGUGGUGGCUGUGAGAAAGAAGUACAAGAUAGAUUUUCCUGCUGUCACUGGGAAUGAACAUUUUGAGCGUGUCUUCAGAGCCCAGCAAAAUUCCUUGGAGUGGUUUCCUGUUUACAUGGUUUCGUUGUGGAUGUCCUCUCUCUUCUUCCAUCAAGUGCCAGCAUCUCUAGUGGGUUUAGUGUACAUUUACAGCAGACACCAGUAUUUCAAAGGGUACAGUCGCAGUGUAGAAGAAAGACGGCCUGGAUUUCAACUGGGUGUAACAUGUCUGCGAGUGAUGCUAGCAAUGACCAUUGCUGGCUUCACAACAGUGCUGCUGCGAAAGUAUGCAAACAUUGACCUGGCCCUAAUGACCCAGGGUAUCUUGAAGAACAGUUUGGGGAUCACACUUUAAGUGCAUAUUAGAGUCGUAUACUUCAUGCCAAUAGUGGUCUGUGCUCAAACAUUAUACAGAAAGUCAUGACAUGGCAAGUCGAAGGCUGAAAGUAAUAUUGUUUUCGUUUUUUUGACACUUCGACUUCAAACAAUUGUCUAAGAAUGGUUAAAAGGCUAUAAAAGAAAGAGCACACUAAAUGUUUUAUUUAAACAUUUUGCAUUGUCAAGCAUUUCAAAGACUUAUAAAGGUAAAGACGUGAAAAUUGUGAAGCUGUUGGAAUGUGAAACAAAUACUAUCAGUGCAUUCUACAAACAGCAUGAAUGUACAUUGUAUGACUGCUAUUAAAAGAAGUGAGCAUUUAAGCUUAUGUCCUUUAAGCCCAUACAAAUAAAAAUUUUUAUAUUUGUA